CCAGGAGGUCGAGGCUGCAGUGAGCCGUGAUCACACCACUGCACUGCAGCCUGGGCAACAGCAUGAGAGCCUGUCUCAGAAUAAAAACACGUUUCUUUCUCAGAAGACAGAGUACAGACUGUUUGUUUUUGUUUUUUCCCUCUCUUUGCUACAGGGGAAGGUGUGGCUCAUUGAUUUUAAUCCAUUUGGCGAAGUCACAGAUUCACUGCUGUUCACCUGGGAAGAACUGAUAUCUGAGAACAACUUAAACGGCGAUUUUAGUGAAGUAGACGCUCAAGAGCAGGAUUCCCCAGCUUUCCGUUGCACAAACAGUGAAGUGACAGUCCAGCCCAGCCCCUAUUUGAGUUACCGGCUGCCCAAGGACUUUGUAGACCUGUCUACAGGGGAGGAUGCUCACAAGCUAAUAGACUUCCUUAAGCUGAAGAGAAAUCAGCAAGAGGACGACUGAUGAGCGUGCUGGAGCUGGAGAAGAGGAGGCCCCGCCCCGCCCCGCCACUCUGGGAGCUGCUCAUCAGCCGCAGCUUCCUGCCAACCCUGAUGCG